AGCUGAGCUGUAAGCCUGAGUUUUACCCUGCAGAAGACAGCAGCAAGUGCUUCUGUGCUUUUUUUUUUUCCUUUUUUUUUUUUUUUUUUUUAUGUUUUUAACUCAUACCAAAGGUGUUUGGAAGGGCAGCCCUGCAGGCACAGAAAUCAUCUCUCCGUGCAAGAUGUGCUGUGGCAGUGAGGGGGGCAGCUCACCUGAAAGGAGGAAACCAACGGGUCACUCCUGUGGUCCAAGCAGUGAAAAAAAUAAAAGAUAAGAGAAAGAGCAAUGACAAAAAAAUCCACCUCCUCCCUAAAGGCGUAAGCUGAAAAAUAUGGCAACAACUAUAUUUUUUGCAACAGCCCCUCUUAAAAAAUCCUGUAAUGAUUCAUAAUGACCCAUCCAACUAAAAAGAGGAGUACCGGUGACCUACCUGUCAGCUUUUAGCAUCCUGCUAACAAGCUUAAAAGCACCGGUAAGGAGUAGAGUUUAGCCACAACCAGCUUGAAGGAGGAAAAUAGGAUCUUGCUUUUAGGGGAACGGUUGUCCCUGCGGAAGGAAGGCAAAUGAAGAUCAUCCGCUGGCUGUACCUCUCCGGGCUGGUGUUUGCCGUGCUGAUUCCGGCAGGGUGGCAGAUGGGUCUCAAGGACCUGGCCAACGCAUCCAGAUGGCACUCGUACAAACCCCAGAGUGCCCACAGCUUCCCGUCCAACACCAAGCGGCACUCAGAAGGCACCUUCACCAGCGACUUCACUCGCUACCUGGACAAGAUGAAGGCCAAGGACUUCGUGCACUGGCUCAUCAACACCAAGCGCUACAGCUCCACGAAGAGGUACCUGAAAGAAGAGCCCCACAGCAUCCCCUUCCCGGCCACUGUCCUGCCAGCAGCGUACAAUUAAGCAGCAAACCAAGGCUUCCCAGCAGCAUCACCCUGUGCUUCGUUUCCCAGCCACCUCCCAGGAGCCUGCACCCUCCACCACUGCCGCUCAGCUUUCCCUUCCAACCUCUUCCCCACCUGUGUUUUUUCUGUACCUCUUUCUGCAGCGCUGCAGGUCCUGCAGCUUUCCCCAGCUUGCAAUAAAACCCUUGCUAAAACUGUUUUCUGAUGUCUCCAGCCCGUUCAAGCACCCCAUGGGGA